AUGGCCUCCCGCGAGGGUCGCCUCCCGCCGCCGUGCCCACAUCUGCAGGACUACCACCGCUGCUCUCUCCGGGCGGCAGGGGCGGCGCCGCCGCCGCUGGCGAAGCCCUUUCGGGCCCUGCAGAGGUGCCUGCGGGUCCGCCCCAUGGGCCGCGCGGAGAUCCGCCGCGACCCCGACGAGGUCCCCCGCUGCGGGUCCUGCGCCGCCGCCGCCCCGCGGCUCUACGCUUGCCUCACCUGCGCCGCCGUGUCCUGCCGGACCCAUGCGCCGGGCCACGCGGAGGGGCGACGCCAGGGCCACGAGAUCGCCGUCGACGUGGACCGCGCGGAGCUCUUCUGCUGCGUCUGCCGCGACCAGGUGUACGACAGCGACUUCGACGCCGCCGUCGUGCUCGCCCAGAAGCGCCUCUCCAUCUUCUCUCCCUCAGCCGCCGCCCCAUCGCCGGCGGCGGCGGCGGCGCCGCCGAAGAAGAGGAGGAAGGUGGUGGGUUACCGUCCCUGGGCCCCAGAUCCCAGGGAGAAGGCUCUGGUAGGGCUCGGUUCGAGCCCGCUGCCGCCCCCGGUGGCCUCGUUGGCGUCGUCUCCAUCGCCACCGCCGCCGUGGGGGCUGCGUGGGCUGAACAACCUGGGGAACACCUGCUUCAUGAACUCUGUGCUGCAGGCGCUGCUCCAUGCGCCGCCGCUGAGGAACUACUUCCUCAGCGAUCGCCACAACCGGUUCCUCUGCCAACAGAGGAGGCAGAAGAGGGGGAACGCCAUGGCCAUGGGAGGAGGGCUCGUCAACGGCGCUUACCACCGGAAUGCGGCGGCGGGGCUGUGCUUGGCCUGUGAUCUCGACGCCAUGUACUCCGCUGUCUUCUCCGGCGAUCGGGUUCCUUACAGCCCUGUCCGUUUCCUGCACAGGUACCGUCUUCUCCCCCUCAUCCUGAUGAAAUCACCCAUGGAACCAGAGAAAAACACUACCAAGAUGCCCCAUUUCCUCCCCCAUCCCGAGGAAAUCGUAGUGCAGUGAUCAUGACAAUGUGGGAUGGAGGAAUUCUCCAGCUCGUUCUAUGGAAUAGUGCCUCCCCGGACUGGAAAUCUGGGCGAUGGCUGUUCUCCUGCUGGGAUUCUCCUCCCCCACAUUCAACGUCGCGAGCUUUUCUCAGUCUGAUUUCAGGCUCUUCUUGCAGCUGGUGGCAGCACGCGACGAACCUGGCGAGUUACGAGCAGCAGGACGCCCACGAGUUCUUCAUCUCCAUGCUAGACGGGCUCCACGAGAAGCUGAGCCAAGGUCAAGGCAAGCCCGCGGCCAGCCAAGGUGAGUGUCAACUCUCAUGUUCCCACCUUCUCAAACUCCCUCUCAUGGUCAACCCACCUCCCUUAACCUGCAGCCAUGUGAAUUCCAGGAACCGGGGAGUGCUGCAUUGCUCACCGCGUCUUCUCAGGGAUCCUCAGGUCUGACGUGAUCUGCACCGUCUGUGGGUUCACCUCCACAACCUACGACCCCUGUGUUGACAUCUCACUGGAUCUCGACUCCGGCCCGGGCACCGCCAAGGUGCUGGGCAGCGGCGGCGGCGCCGCCAAUGGCGGUGGCGCAUUGCCGGGCAGGGCUGUGGGGAUUUCCACUCUCUCGGGCUGCCUUGAUCGGUUCACGCGGCCAGAACGGCUGGGCUCAGAGCAGAAGUUCCUAUGCCAGCGGUGCCAGGUGAGGCAGGAGUCUCUGAAGCAGAUGUCCAUCAGGAAGCUGCCCUUUGUGACCUGCUUUCACAUCAAGCGGUUCGAGCACUCCUCAACGAAGAGGACAUCGAAGAAGGUCGAUCGGUACCUCCAAUUCCCGCUGUCGCUGAACAUGGCGCCGUACCUGUCGUCGGCCAUCCUGCGGGGCCGCUUCGGAAGCAGGAUCUUUGCCUUUGAGGGGGAGGAACUGGAGGCGGCAGGGACGGAGGCAGCGGCGGCGGAUUUUGAGCUCUUCGCGGUGGUCACUCACAGUGGGAAGCUGAACGCCGGCCACUAUGUGACCUACCUGCGGCUCAGCGACCAGUGGUACAAGUGUGACGACGCAUGGAUCACUCAUGUCACAGAGAAUAUCGUGAGGGCGGCACAGGCCUACAUGCUCUUCUACGUGCAGAAGAUGCUGUUCUACAAGGCCAGCAAGAACCCCGCCGCUGCUGCCACCACCUCCUGA